AUCAAAAGAUUCUCUCAAAUGGAGACUAGAUUAGGGAAGUACCGAGUAGAGAGGGAAGUGCUGGAUGAGCAGAGACUAGAAGAGGUGACACGGAGAAAAGCAUACUCAGACAUCCAUCCGCCUGUAACUGAACAGCUGAAAGAUUCUUUGAGAUGUUCAGUACCUAAACUGAAGCGAAGUGUGAUGAGCACUUUUCCUGUGCUGUACUGGCUGCCCAAGUACUCGGUCUGGGAUUAUGGCAUGCCAGACCUCGUCUCUGGGAUCAGUGUGGGCAUUAUGCACCUGCCACAAGGUUUGGCAUACGCGUUGCUGGCUUCUGUACCUCCAGUAUUCGGGCUCUAUUCAUCGCUCUAUCCAGCAUUAGUCUACUUCUUUUUUGGAACAUCCCGCCAUAUUUCCAUUGGUACAUUUACGGUGCUCAGCAUCAUGGUGGGUAGUGUCACAGAGAGACUUGCUCCAGAUGGGGACUUCCUCAUAACAAAUGGGACCAAUGUCACUGCAGAGGUGGAUAUAACUGCCCGGGACGCGUACAGGGUUCAGGUGGCAGCUGCGACGACUGUCCUGGGAGGACUAAUUCAGGUCCUGCUGGGUGUGGUAAAGUUUGGAUUUGUGGGGACGUACUUGUCUGAGCCUCUGGUUCGGGCGUACACAACAGCUGCUGCAGCACAUGCUGUAGUGGCACAACUGAAGUACAUCUUUGGAGUUUCCCCCACACGGUUUAGUGGCCCGCUGUCUCUGGUCUAUACUCUGGUGGAUGUUUGUUCCUUAUUGCCACACUCUCAUAUCCCCACGGUCGUGGUCAGCGCUGUGACGAUGGUGAUUCUAAUUGCAGCCAAAGAGCUCAACUCGUUCCUCAGUGCGAAGCUGCCAGUGCCCAUCCCAGUGGAGCUCAUCACAAUUGUGGCAGGCACACUGAUAUCAUCCCAUGCGCACUUGAACAGCAACUACACCAUUUCAGUUGUUGGAGAAAUUCCAAGCGGUUUAAGCUCUCCCAGUGUACCAGAUGUGAGUGUUUUUGGCGAAGUGAUUGGCGACGCUUUUGCCCUGGCCAUUGUUGGAUAUGCCAUCUCUAUUUCACUAGGAAAAACAUUUGCGCUGAAACACGGAUACAAGGUGGACAGUAAUCAGGAGCUUGUGGCGCUCGGUCUCAGUAAUGCAGUGGGAGGCUUCUUUCAGUGUUUUUCCGUCUGCUCCUCCAUGUCUCGAAGUCUCAUCCAAGAGACCACUGGAGGUAAAACUCAAAUGGCUGGAGUGACCUCAGCUCUAAUUGUGUUUAUGACGAUACUCAAACUAGGACCGCUGUUCCAGGAGCUGCCAAAGGCCGUCCUUGCAGCUAUUGUCUUUGUAAAUUUGAAGGGGAUGUUCAAGCAGUACUCUGAUAUUGUUACAUUGUGGAGGAGCAGCAAAAUUGAUCUGUUGGUGUGGUUGGUCACCUGGGUUUCGACAAUGCUCCUCAAUCUGGAUAUGGGUCUGGCGGCAUCCAUCACGUUUGCUCUUUUCACAGUUAUCUUCAGGACACAGCUGCCCACGUACUCAGUUCUAGGAAACAUUCCAGGUACAGAACUAUAUGUGGAUAUGGAAACGCAUGGAGAGGCACAAGAUAUUCCAGGUAUUACGAUAUUCCGCUCAUCCGCUACAGUGUAUUUUGCGAAUGCAGAUCUCUACCUCGAAGCCCUAAAAGAAAAGAGUGGGCUUGACAUCAGUAAAAUGAUAAUCUAUAAGAGAAGGCAGGAGGCCAAACAGAGAAGAAGAGAAAGGAGGGCUGAAAGACGGGCAAAGAGGCAGGCCAAGAGAGCGAAACGUGCACAGCGUGAAGCUAAACAGUUGUCUGGAUUACCAGAGUUCUCAGUGGAGGGAGAGGAUGGCUGCUGGACAGACACAUCUAUAGAUGGGACUAUCUCAGAGAAGGAGGAGCCAGGCUGGACCGAAAGGGACAACGGGACAGUGUUUGUAAUCCCAACAAGCCCCCGAACACCUGAUGGUAAUUCCAGGUGGGAGUACCUGAAAGGAGGAGAUCCAGAUUGCACCAGUUUAGGGUGGAUGUCGGAGAUGCAGGAUGGGGACACCACCACUCUGGGCUCCAGCAGUGAGGACACCCUGAGUCGUGACCUGGAGCGGGUAUCUCUUGGGUCCUUGGGCAAGUGGACUUGGGACAUUCACUCCAUCAUCCUCGACUUGUCCACAGCCAACUUCACUGACACAGUGGCUAUAAAGACUAUGAAAAAUAUUUUCCAGGACUUCAGUGAGAUUGAUGUGGAGAUCUACAUUGCUGGUUGUCAAGCAUCUGUGGUUGAACAGUUAGAGCGUGGGGACUUCUUCUCUGAGACAAUAACAAAGAGGAAACUUUUUGCCUCUGUUCAUGAUGCUGUGCUCUACUGUCUCAACCACCACGGAGCUACAUCCUUCCCCAGAUAUGACCCGACAGCGGCCCUGCACAAUAGCACAAAAUUUUAAGCUCAUCAACAGAUCCGGAAAUUGAGCACAGAAGAUGGAAAUGGAUGGAAAAUCACAAGCUGAGAAAAUGUAUAUGCAAAUUAAAGGAUGCAAGCAAAGAGUGAAGCUUGAAUUAAGUAACUGCAUGUAUGUUAAUGUUCUUUUUUUUUCAUUUUUUUGUAAUGUCUCUGCUUUCUGCUUUCAUUUUACUGUUGACUUGAGGUCAUUUUUAUACAUUUUUUGUUUAAGUUAUGUAAAAGAAAGACUGACACUGGGGAUACAUGAGCUUAGUUUAACUUUAUUAAGAGAGGAACAGUGGGUCAGUGCCUUUUAAACACUUAAUAAAUAAAUAAAUAAAUAAAAUGAAA